AUGGAGACACUGAUUCCUGUGGAUGUCAUGCGGCGGGCCGGGAUUAAAGUCACCGUUGCAGGCCUGGCUGAGAAAGAGCCCGUGCAGUGUAGCCAUGAUGUAAUGAUUUGUCCCGAUGCCGGUCUUGAAGAUGCAAGAAAACAGGGACCGUACGAUGUGGUGGUUCUUCCAGGAGGAAAUCUGAGUGCACAGAAUUUAUCUGAGUUGCUUGUGGUGAAGGACAUCCUGAGGGAGCAAGAGAGCAGGAAGGGCCUCAUAGCUACCAUCUGUGCGGGUCCUACAGCUCUAUUGGCUCAUGAAAUAGGUUUCGGAAGCAAGGUUACAACACACCCACAGGCUAAGGACAAAAUAAUGAAUGGUAGUCACUACUGGUACUCAGAGAGCCGCGUGGAGAGGGACGGCCAUAUCCUCCCCAGCUGA